AUUCAGAAUCCGACUGUACGGCGGAGUCAGAUGCGAAGACAUUAGCUUCUGAAUGGCAAGCAUUUCACCCCAAAAAAGUCACCAGACUGACUGACAUAAGUAAUAUACCGUAUAUGCAGAGAACGUCAGCUAUCCUCAGAUCUGGCUGAUCCAUUUCAGCAAUUCCACUAUAUAAGAAUGUCUGUUCACUACGACCUGGAGGCACCUCACAGCAUUUGACUAGCCCACUCUCCAAGUCCAGAUACAACCAUCGUCAUGAUCGGCUGGAUCGGCAAGCUCAAUUAUCCUCCGUACGCGCAGGAUGAGAUAUUCAGCGUUGUAUUCGCCAAUAAUAUGAACCCUGGCCAAGGAGUAGCCGUCAUUCACCAAUGGACCAAGGACGCGUCUGGCAAGUCGAAGAGCAAUUCCUUUGCUCAGGGCACCGUGAGCAAGUCGGUCAUAUCGGGCCCAAUGGAGAGAGAACUUGAGAUUCUCUAUAACGAGAGGGAAACCACCUAUUAUUGGUAUAAGGGAAAGCAGUCGGGCGGAAAACUGAUCCUAUCGAUGUUUAACAAGCAUGGGGUGGAGGUUGCGAAGAAUAUUGAGCUUGUGGCAGUUUAUUAUUGAUAAUGGCUGGUAUUACCAUCAAGCCAGUGUGACGCCGUUGCGGAUUCCUGGAGCCUGUCAUGGUUCUUUAGGAGAUCUGAUUAUGCUUAUUGUUGCUUUCUGCGCGCAGCUGUCAGACAGUCAUUGAAAUGAACACAAGU